CAACAAGUUUGGACUGAUGCGAAGUCUCUCUAAUCGCACCCUAUUUGAGCUUGAUCAUCACCCCCGAAGAACCUCUGUGAAUCAUAAAUUUUAGGGAGAAUUGAAAUCCAACUCCGAAAUAUCGGCAAAAAAUGGCAGCAAAAUGCUGGGCAGCAUUAUCUCGGCGUAGACUGGAUUCGCCGGAUGAUAUCACCGCUGAUACCGCGUUGUCUCGAUGCCUCGGAUUGCUUGACUUAACGGCCCUUGGAAUUGGUUCCACUCUGGGUCUUGGAGCUUACGUCCUCGCAGGAGCUGUCGCAAAAGAUACCGCCGGACCUGCAGUCUGUAUCUCGUUUUUGAUUGCGGCAGCAGCAUCCGCAUUGGCAGGAUUAUGCUAUGCUGAAUUUGCCUCACGAGUACCGAAAGCAGGGUCUGCUUACGUCUACAGUUACGUAACGGUUGGAGAAUUUGUUGCCUUUUUGAUCGGAUGGAAUCUCAUUUUGGAAUACGUUAUAGGUACAGCGAGCGUUGCCCGAGGUUUCAGCAACUACCUCGAUUACCUGGUUGGAAACGUAAUGAGUCAAGCCUUGCGAGAAGCAAUGCCGAUCAACGUUUCUUUCCUGUCUGAAUACCCAGACUUCUUUGCCUUCGGCAUGGUAUUACUGCUAGCUGUAUUACUUGCAACUGGAGUGAGAGAGUCUUCAUGGUUGAACAACGCGUUCACCACCAUUAACCUGCUAACUCUUUCGGUGAUCAUAGUCGCUGGAUCAAUGAACGCUGAUCCAGGAAAUUGGUACAUCGCCCAAGAGGACAUCCCUCCGGAGUUUACGGAAACUGCUGGGGUGGGUGGCUUCAUGCCCUUCGGUUUCAACGGGGUGAUGGCUGGUGCAGCGACGUGCUUUUAUGCCUUUGUGGGUUUCGACACGAUAGCUACCACCGGAGAGGAAGCCAAAAAUCCACAGAAGAACAUACCGUUGGCUAUCGUCAUAUCUUUAGCCGUCGUUUUCUUAGCGUAUUUCUCCAUUUCAACUGUGCUCACGAUGAUGUGGCCUUACUACGAUCAGAACGCGGAAGCACCUUUUCCCUACGUAUUUGAUCAAAUUGGAUGGCCCGUUAUCAAAUGGAUCGUAAAUGUCGGUGCGGUUUUUGCCCUAUGCACAAGUAUGCUUGGAGCUAUGUUUCCUUUACCCCGAGUCUUGUACGCCAUGGCGACUGAUGGAAUUAUUUUCAAAUUCUUGGGUAUUGUCAACUCUAAGACUCAGACUCCACUUUAUGGUACUAUUGUUUCCGGGCUUCUUUCUGGCUUUAUGACACUCAUAUUUAAUAUAAAUCAACUCAUUGACAUGAUGUCCAUUGGAACACUUAUGGCCUAUGCAAUUGUAGCUUUGUGCGUUUUAAUUCUGAGGUAUCAGCCCGAAUCCUCCCACAGUAACGUAGUUGACAAUUACGUUCUGGAGCCAGAAUUGACGUUGUGGAAUGGUUUCAAACAGAUCUUUAAUCUUAAUGGUCUGAAGGAGCCGACUAAAUUCUCUGGUCGUGUUGCCAGCUGGGGUGUUGUUGUUUUCGGUGUAUUGAUAAUACCAUUGGGGUAUACAGUAGAUAGUAACAUAGAAAACAUACAGAAUGGCCAUGUAGGAAUAAUCUUAGCUGUAUCUAUAAUGGUGCUUAUUGAGGUGCUCAUUGUUUUUGCCAUUGGCAGGCAACCAGUUCUUGACAUCAAAUUGGCCUUCAAGGUCCCUCUCGUCCCUCUAAUACCAUGCGUGAGUGUUGCCGUUAAUCUCUACUUGAUGCUACAACUGGAUGUAUACACUUGGAUCAGAUUUGCUGCUUGGAUGUUUAUUGGGUUUGUAAUUUACUUCACAUAUGGAAUCAAUACCAGCGUCCAAGGUGCUAAAGAUAAAGUCGAAAGAAAAGAAUUAGUUCAGCGAAAUGAAAGUCAAGAUAAAAAACUUUCGGAAGGAACUAAAUUUUAGAACAGGAUUCCCGAUACGACCUGUGAUGUAUUGUGGGUAAAAGAUAUUAUGACAAUCAGUAUGCAUGAUGUAUGAAUAUGGAGUUAAUAUUCUUUGCAAGAUUUCACCCUCGUAGUAAUGCAACUCACAAUGAAGUAACUCCGUAUAAAGGAAAGCGCAACUGUGAAAAGUUUUCUAAGAAAAUCUGUCACAUAUCAGAGUAAUCGCAAAGUUUUUAUAUUAUUUAUAUAAUAAUAUGUGAUUCCCAACCAAGCUAAAAUGUACCGGACUUGUGAAAUCAGCCGUUAAUUAGUUAAAAUGCUAUUUUAUGAAAGCAUGACAGUUUCGUUUAUAUUAUGUGUUUAAUUGUACACAAUUAGUACUUAAUUGAAGCCGCGAGAUGUGUCGACCCCAUGCACUGAUAUCAUUACUGAAUAGUGACAAUUAUGAAUGUAAAU